CCUGGAGACUGGGGGAGACACCAGCGGGGCUGAAGAUGAACGGAGGCGGCACUUCAUCCAGAGGGUGCAUCGCGCGGGUUGAAGCUGCUGUCGUGUUCUGCAAUGGCUUGGCAGAAGAUGCUCUUUUCCUCCUGCCUCUUGACUCUGUGCCUCACGUGGGUCUUGGCCAAGCCGCCUCCCGACAAGAAGGAUCGUGUCCACCAUGGUCAAGACCUCAGCGACCAUCCUCAUGAUGACAGUGAAGAUUUCCAGUAUGAUCAUGAAGCCUUCUUGGGCAAAGAGGAGGCCAAGACGUUUGACCAGCUGACUCCUGAAGAGAGCAAACAGCGGCUUGGGAAGAUUGUAGAUAGAAUUGACCGUGAUGGGGAUGGCUUUGUGACUCAGCCAGAGCUGAAAGAUUGGAUCAAGCACACGCAGAACCGCUACAUCUACGAGAACGUGAACAAGAACUGGAAAGACUAUGACAAGAAUAACGAUGGCCACAUCUCCUGGGCUGAGUUCAAGAAUACCACUUACGGUUACUACGAAGGAGAAGAGUUUGGUGAUCUUGAAGACAAACACUCCUACCGGAAGAUGCUGGCCCGGGAUGAGCGGCGAUUCAAGGCAGCUGACAAGGAUGGGGACAUGAUUGCGACAAGGGAGGAGUUCACAGCCUUUCUACACCCUGAAGCAUUUGACUACAUGAAGGACAUUGUGGUGACGGAAACGAUUGAGGACAUAGACAAGAAUGGGGAUGGCUUUGUCGAAGUAGAUGAAUAUCUUGGUGACAUGUAUAGUCCUGAAACAGGGGAGCCCGAACCCGAGUGGGUGAAGACGGAGCGACAACAGUUCUUGGAUUUCCGGGACCUCAACAAAGAUGGGAAAAUGGAUCGGGAGGAGAUUGGGCAGUGGAUCCUGCCACCAGACUAUGACCAUGCCGAGGUGGAGUCAAAGCAUCUUUUCCAUGAGUCGGACAAGGAUAAGGAUGACAAAAUAACCAAGCAAGAGAUUUUGGACAAUUGGAACAUGUUUGUGGGGAGCCAGGUCACCAACUAUGGCGAAGACUUGACAAAGGAUCAUGAUGAGCUGUGAUCAGAACAGGAGGAGAAUGUACAUUAGAGCAUCCUCCUUUGGUGGGGGUGGGGGGUAGCACACUCCAGAAAAGAAUUGUGUUCAUAUUUAUUGGUAUGAGGGCCUGCAUAAGCGUUCCGAGAAGCUAGGGGUAGCUGGCAUACCUGGGUGGUUUUCUUUAUGCUUCAUUCUUGCUCACCUACACCCUCCCAUCUUUCCAAAACACUGUGAAGCUUCCUAAACUAUAAAGGUGUCUUACACUCCAAAGGAGUUACAAGCAGCGGCAGCUUAAAACACCUCACUCACACACCAUUCUGCCACAGCCUUGUCUAUUCUACAAGGGCUAGUAUUGCAUUUAUUGCUGUGGAUCUCAAGACAUGCACUUCCUCUCAGAUAGGUAUGUGUGUGUAUGUGACAUGUAGUUAGCCCGUUACUUGGACAAACAUUGCUCCUGUGAGCUUGUAGUUCCUCUCUGUUCCUCUCCAGGAUGGCAGGCUUUCACAGGAAGAGUUGGUAGAGAGUCUUCGGGAAAGUAUUGACAGCACCAAAGAAUAUGAAGAAACAAUCAAGUGGCUGCAGGCCCACCAAGAGCUUUGACCUCAUCGCUGUAACACUGCAUUAUUAAUAAAACUAUUUCCCACCCCCUUUGA